AUGUCUUCGUUGUCAGAAACUCCCGACCCCUCGGGCGCGGGCACCACGGCUUCAUCGUCGCCCCCAAACUCCACCCCUUCCCCGUCCACCUCGAUUGCUACGACUGUUGCCUCGGGCUCUGCCUCACGCCGUCCGCCGCGCAAGAGCACUCUGACUCAACAGCAGAAGAACAACAAACGCCAACGCGCCACGCAGGAUCAGCUAGUCACCCUGGAGGUCGAGUUUAACAAGAACCCUACCCCCACUGCGGCCACCCGGGAACGUAUCGCAUCGGACAUCAAUAUGACCGAGCGAUCGGUUCAGAUCUGGUUCCAAAAUCGACGCGCCAAAAUUAAGAUGCUCGCGAAGAAGAGCAUUGAGACUGGUGAGGGCUGCGACUCGAUUCCCGAUUCGAUGCGCCACUACCUUGCAAUGCAAUUCGAUCCCACUAAACCGGGAACCCAAGAUCCGUUCGGGCGCUCAGUAGGGUACGGCACACCAAGCAUGUAUGCCAAUGAGUCUAACCCAAAUGGCAAAGUUGUUAUUUCUCAUUUCACCUGCCGGUCUUUGACUAUUGGAAGUUGGCGCCGCAUUGGGCAGAACGCUAUGGAUCUGGUGGUCUUCUAUUCUCCCGACAAGGCCUGCAUGACCUACUAUAUCAACAAUGAUUCUGCCGGUUACAAGAUCGAAUACCCCUUCGCGCAUAUCAAAAACAUUACCUUGGAGACUGGAGACCCAAACCCUGGGCCCAAUGGCGCACCGCCCCGGCCUGGUGGCCUGGUGGUAGAAUUGAACCGCCCUCCGCUGUUCUACAUGGAUUCGUCCAACUCUGGUGGCUUCUAUCAAUGCGGUGAUUUCACCGAGGAGCAGCAAGCCAGUCAAAUUAUGGUUCAUCACCUGGGAGGCCACCCCAAAGUUCUGAGCGUUCAGCUCGCGAAGCUCGUUUCCCUGGAAUCUUUCCAGAACCGUCUUGCGUAUAACAACAGCAACAACGGUAACAACUUCUCCGUGCCUGGUGCCAUGUCUCCACCCUUCAUCCAGCGCCCAGCCUCCCAACCCAACCACUUCCAGCCCGCCGCCUACUUGAAUAUUUACCAGGACCACAACCACCUAGGCUUCAACAUGCCGGCUGCUCGUGGACACAAGCGCCAGCGAAGCCGCUCGGUGCCAGCAGCUGUGGACAUCUCUGUAUUGCAGGGUCCGAUGAGCUCAUUCCAUAUGCCGCAGACACCGGCUCCGUUCAACCACACCGAGUCGCACAUCUAUGCACCAGUCCCGCAGUCAGCACACGCUCUGCCCACCGACCUGCGCAUUGACACUGAUGGAUACGGUCUUGACUUCCGCCCGAACCCUAUGUCUGCAACCACCACUGCGUCGCCGUCCGACUUCGCCAGUCCAUCCAUGUUCAGCAGUGCUGCUAAUGGGGAUUCGACUCCCGUCGCCAGCAUGGCGCCUCAAUUCAAUGUUCCCUACGGGCAAGGACCACCAGACUCUUCAACCGUCGGGUCACACGCACCAUCACCCUACUCCGGCGUGAGUCCUGCCGACCCUAUGAUCGCCAACCACUCUCCCCCGCUCUCCAACAUGUCUCACUCGUCUGACAUGUAUGGAUUUGGGCACGAUCAAAAGUCUGCUUUUGCUGAGGACGGCCUCUCCAUGAAUGAUAUGUACCCCAAGCAUAACUUCAACUACACGGUCUCGCACGAUGCUCCUUCUUUCGAGCUACCGAUGCACGGCAUGCCUGGUCAUGCGUCUCCUGCGCUGGAUUACACCCACGGGAUGGUUAACCUGGACGAGAUUAACUCGCAGGGCCUGCCCACAGGGUCAAGAUGA